AUGACGCAAUUCCGACCCCGGCGGACUCCGGCUCGCAACCAUGUGGCGGCUGCUGGCGCGCGCGCCGGCCCUCCGGUCCUGAGCGUGCUCCCUUCAGGUCUUGGGGCUGCCCAGCCCCUUAGUGCUGGCAUGAAGACCUUCCUCCCAGUACCAACCUAUGAAGGUGUUUCUAUUCCCAACAAGCCCAAGCUCAGGUUUGUUGAUCGGCUGCCGCUUGUGCCAAAGGUGAGGCGGGAGCCUAAGAACUUGAGUGACAUCCGAGGGCCGUCCACUGAAGCCACUGACUUCACCGAGGGUAAUUUUGGUAUCCUGGCACUAGGUGGCGGUUAUCUCCACUGGGGCCACUUUGAAAUGAUGCGCCUGACAAUCAACCGUGCCUUAGACACCAAGAACAUGUUUGCCAUCUGGCGUGUCCCAGGCCCUUACAAGCCCAUCACCCGCAAGGGUAUGGGCCAGCGCAUGGGGGGUGGCAAAGGUGCCAUCGACCACUACGUGACAGCAGUCAAGACUGGCCGCCUUAUCGUGGAGGUGGGUGGCCGCUGUGAGUUUGGCGAGGUGGAACCCAUCCUCAAGCAGGUGGCGCACAAGCUGCCCUUCCCAGCCAAGGCUGUGAGCCGAGAGUCUCUGGAAAAGAUGCGCGAGGAGCAGAGGGAGAGGGAGCUCAACAACCAGAACCCCUGGACCUUUGAGCGCAUUGUCACUGCCAACAUGCUGGGGCUGAGGAAGGUGGUGAGCCCCUAUGACCUGACCCACAAGGGGCGCUACUGGGGCAAGUUCUUCCUACCUGAGCGUGUCUAGCGACAGCGAGGGGAAGAGAGCAAGUUUCGAGAGAAGCUGCCCCAUCUCUUGCCUGCAGCUUCUCCCUAGAAACAUCUGAGCACCCCCAGAUGACUGGAGGAUCUCUGCAAAGCAUUGGGAUGAGAAGAACCAUAGUGUGCAUUGUAGUUGAUUGUACAGAAGUCUUGGCCCCUGUAAAGGGACUCUGGAAACACCUAAAUGACUUCUUUUGUGUCCUUGCCUCAUACACACUAACUUUGUGACUCAAGGCAAGACACUAACCCGCUAAGUGCUCUUGGCAGCUGGAAGACAUGCAUUGGUAAUGGGAGUUUCCUUAUCCCAGCAGUCUUUAGACCUGCUUUUGUAAGUCUUGGACCAUUUUGGAAUUCACAGGCCCCAGGUCAAGAACCCUUGCCCUGUUUUCCUUAUCCCUGUGAGAGCAUCCGUUGGGGGGGGGGGAGAGAGGAGGAGAGACUUCCAGUGUGGAAAUUCCCUUCCAUUGGUGUAGCUUAAUAAAUUUUCUGUAAUUUAUAGUCA